AAGAAAAUGACACAAGGAAACCAUUCCACCACAGUGACAGAAUUUAUCCUGGCUGGAUUAACAAACAAACCAGAGCUCCAGCUGCCCCUCUUUCUCUUCUUCAUAGGAAUCUACAUGUUCACUGUGGUAGGGAACCUGGGCAUGGUCAUGCUGAUUGGGCUCAGCUCUCACCUGCAUACACCUAUGUACUAUUUCCUCAGCAGUCUGUCUUUCAUUGACCUCUGCCAAUCCACUGUCAUUACCCCCAAAAUGCUGGUAAACUUUGUGGUGCAGAAAAACAUCAUUUCCUACCCUGAAUGCAUGACUCAGCUCUAUUUCUUCCUAGUUUUUGUUAUAUCAGAAUGCCACAUGUUGGCUGCAAUGGCAUAUGACCGCUAUGUUGCCAUCUGUAACCCUUUGCUUUACAAUGUAACCAUGUCUUCUCAAGUCUUCUGGUUGAUAGUUGGAGUGUAUAGCAUGGGAUUGAUUGGUGCCACAGUUCACACAGUCUGCAUGCUAAGAAUACUAUUCUGUAAGGUUGAUAAAAUAAACCAUUACUUCUGUGAUCUUUUCCCACUAUUAGAGCUAUCUUGCUCCAGUACUUUUGUCAAUGAGGUAGUAGUUCUGUGUUUCAGUGCAUUUAAUAUCCUUGUCCCAAUCCUGACCAUCCUCAGCUCCUACAUCUUCAUCAUAGCCAGCAUCCUGCACAUUCACUCCACUGAAGGCAGAGCCAAAGCCUUCAGCACCUGCAGCUCCCAUGUCUCAGCUGUUGCUCUCUUCUUUGGAUCUGCUGCAUUUAUGUACCUGCAGCCAUCAUCAGUUAGCUCAAUGGACCAAGGAAAAGUGUCUUCUGUGUUUUAUACUAUUAUUGUGCCCAUGCUGAACCCUGUAAUCUAUAGCUUGAGGAAUAAGGAUGUGAAACUUGCCCUAAAUAAGUUACUUGAAAAAAGAAGUAUCCCAUGA